AGAGUUACCUCUGAAAUCUCAAACGCACUACACAUCUGUCUAAACAUGAAGUUCCUGAUCGUCUUCGUUGCUCUCUUCGCCCUGGCCGUGGCAGCUCCUGUUGAAGUUGGUAUCGAGCGCCAGGAAUCCGAUGUCCAGCCCGAAAGCUUCCAAAACUCAUUGAAGUUGACUGAUGGUACUGCAAUUGAAGCUCAAGGUCACCUCGAGAACAUUGGCACAGAACAAGAAUCUCUUGUCGUCAAGGGCUCAUACACCUUUGUUGCCGACGAUGGUGUUACCUACUCUGUUAGCUACAUUGCCGAUGAGAACGGUUUCCAGCCACAGGGUGCUCAUCUCCCAAAUGUCUAAAACGUGACAAAGUCAACUUCAAAAAAUAAAUCGAUUGUUUCAUCAA